CCAGACCUCCAGCUUUGGCCGAAUCCAGUGUGUCUCACCCAAGCAUGGAUUCAGAGGUGCAAAUGUACCACUCUCCGUCACUGAGUGGGAUCUGAUCUAUCUUUAGCAUCUCGAUCGGGGGGAUCACCACACCAAAGCUCGGACAGACCACCACAUACGGAUUAAGUGACCGGGACCAAAAACUUAAAGAACUGUUCGGGUUAAACCAAUUUGACCCAGAAAUUCGGAGAGGCAGGUGGAUUCAACCUUGGAUUUUGGAUUUCAAGAGCUAUUUUUGCCUUCUGAAGAUCUCAUCUCAAAUUCUAAAAACUAAAAAAUCUCCAAACAUCUCCAGAACCAUUCGGAACCAUCGUUGGCUUUACUAGAAGUUCUUGAUUGCCUGGAUCUGCAGCAAUUCCCAUCCACCUUGAAAACCUUCAGAAGCAAUUUCAAUUGUUUCAUUUGUUCCAAAACUCCGCCACUCUUCUUCUACUUCUACAAACCCGGACAUUCUCCUUUAUCGUGUUCUUUGUGAACUUCUAAAACUACUCGGCUGUCAAAAUGGUGUGGGCUAAAAUGAAGUUCCCCUUUGAGAAAAGGGUGAAGCUGGCUCAGGGGUUAUGGCUUCUGUCCUGGCUGGCUACGUUAGGUGGAGCGAUCACCUUCUGCCUUGGCUGUUUCCUGAAGACAGAACUACGCAGAAGGGCAGAGGUAAUGGACAACACUGAGACCUACAUUGUGCCCAACACUCUGAUCAUAGCAGGGAUGGCCUCCAUGGGCAUCAACUACUUUGCGGGACGGAUCUGCCAGGACGCCCUGGAUGCUGAGCGUUUCCCGACAUGGAAGACCUUUCUGAAGCCCUACUUCUGUUGCUCCAUCUUCUUCACCACUCUCAUGCUGCUUGGUGUUAUCCUGAGCUUCAUCAUGAGAGGCACCCUGGAAGGCUCGCUGAAGGUCGGCCUGAAGAACGGCAUCCGCUUCUACAAGGACACCGACACCCCAGGCCGCUGCUUCCAGAAACAGACCAUCGACCGCUUGCAGAUGCAGUUCCAGUGCUGUGGCAACAAUGACUUCAAGGACUGGUUCGAGGUGCAGUGGAUCAGCAACCGCUACCUGGACUUCAGCUCUAAGGAGGUUAAGGACCGUAUCAGGAGCAAUGUGGAUGGACGUUACCUGUUGGAUGGGGUCCCAUUCAGCUGCUGUAACCCCAGUUCUCCGAGACCUUGCAUCCAGUACAAACUCACCAACAACUCCGCCCACUACAACUAUGAGUACCAAUCUGAGGAAAUGAACAUCUUUGUUCGUGGCUGCAGGGAGGCGCUACUCAACUACUACAUAGGCCUGAUGAACAGCUUUGCGGCUGUGGUGCUGUCUGUCUUUGUGGUUCAGGGCACUGUGCUGGCGAGCCUGAGGUACCUGGAGACAUCCAUGGAGGCAGUCCUUGGGCAGGAGAACAUGGAGAUCGAGACGGAGGGCUACCUGUUGGAGAAGAGCAUCUCUGAGACCAUCAUGGAGUACCUGGAUCCCGUGAUGAAAAUUCUCCUGCUCAACCAGGUGGAAGACGGGCAGGCCAAGGCGGAGGAAGGGGCUGCGGGGACGUCAGCAGCUCCGGCUAAAUAACUUCGUUAUUUGAAAUAAACUAAUUAAUCAUGAAAAUUAUCCCAGAAAUUUGACCAAAUGAUGAAAUAGAAAAAAUGAAAUAGUUGAAGAUCUGAACAACAGAAAUGUUUCAUACUUUUAUAACUUCUACUUUCAUAUCUAACUUUAACUUUGUAUUCUUCAGUACUGUACAGCGUACCUUACCCCCCCUUUAUUGUCUUUCAAAAACAAAAAAUCUGCUUUAAACCAUGCCUACCGUUAUAAGCCAUGGUACAAGUUAAGUACCUCAGUUAUGUCUUACCAUUUGUGAUACAAAAUAUAUUUUGAUGACUGAGUUUGGCCUGAAAAACAAGAUGGUUCUUGAACAAGUGUGAUUCUUUAGUACGUUUGUAUCCAGUACUGUAAUUUCCUUCCCUUAAAAAAAAACUCUCCAUCCGAACAUUAUUCUAUGUAAAUGUCAAACCCCAGUUUUUCAGACCAGUUUUCAUAAAUCCAGUCUUACAAUCCUCUCAGAAUCAUCUCAGUCACCUCUGAUCAGCUGUGACAGAGUGUGCAUUACGAUGACUGAAUAUGGCCCAAACAAACUGUGGCCACAAAGCUGUUCUGGGUGUGUUUCAUUACUUGGCUGGAUAAGCCUUGAGAGAAUAAGGUUUCAGGAGUCUGCUGCGAUGUUUUGCCAGCAUUAGGUGAUCAAUGAGACCAUUAAUUAUUCAUCUGCAGCUGCAACAAGUUGAGGAGGUUCAAAAUGCAGUCUUCCUGCUGCAUUUUCCCAACCUGGGUCAAUGCAUUCCCAACCAGCUGCAUGGUUAUUUUUGUCUGAUUCCUCCUCACAUUUAUUUUUUUUAAGCCAUAUGAAAAAAACAAAUGACUUUUAAUUAGCAGCUAUAUUCUAUUUAACUUUAACUGUCUCAUUUACACUGUUGUUUAUCAGUAAUAUUGCACCAAAUGACUGUCUAAAUUCGGUUAAGGAUUUUUUAAAUUCCAAGACAAAUAUUAAUUCAAAUGCUUUCCAGACAACACAUAAAUGGAACAAAAAGUCCUAUGAAAUUUGAGAAAACUCCUGAAAAAAAAACUAAAACCAAUAUUGUUGUACAUUAUGCAAGAAGAUAAAAGCAUUGUAAAUGUUUAAAGCUGGUGUAGUCAGACCUUGCUCAAUGCUCUGCUAAGCAACAGAAAACAUACUGCACUACAGAACUGCGGAAAAGUACGAGAGUCGGAUUGAAUAAAAAGU